CUGUUGGGGAUUGCGCAUGCGUGAGACUUUUGUGCCACACACAGUAUGGCCGAGGGGCCGGAUUCCUUGGGGUGUGACGCGCGGCCGUCAAGCAACGUUGGCAGCAAAAGCAGCCUCGCCCUUUCACGACGCCAAGUGACGGAGGGUGUCGGCGGGAGGCGGCGGCGGGCUCGUUCAGUCUUAAACCAGGUCAAUUAUCCCCACAAUUCAUCAAGCUUUUGCUGUCACGGUUGAAUGGGUUUAGCAUCUGCAAAUUCCACAUCCUUGGGGACACUGUUGCUGGCAACAGCCAGGCGAUGGGCAAACUUGAGGACUAGAGAAAGCAAAGGCAAGACAAGGUUUGGAAAUGCUACCAAAGCAUGAGAAGAGGCUUUGAGGUCAAAGUCAAGAAAAGAAAGAUCGCUGGGGAAGAAUAGAAGUUGAAACUGAUGCAAUUUGUUUGGUUGAAAUAAGCAGUCUGUACUGCUAGAUAGGUUGGCAUAUAUCUGCUGCUCUCCUUCUGCUUGUCUCCUCACUGAUGUACAUCUCUUGAAGUUGGCAGAAGGUAAAACAUUUCCAGGGCAUGACAGGGACUUCAGUGAAAGACGUCGUCUUAGGUUUCAGAGUGAAAACAUGCUUUGACUCAUUAUAUCAGCCACAAGGAUCCUGGCAUUGUACAUAAUAAAGCAGUGAAGAGAAACUGAAGGAAGGAAGUACUACUAUGUUGCUGAUCUGAAAACUGUUUCUGAAGUCUUUGGACAAAUUAGGUAUUUAUGUAGUUAAAUCUAAAAAGGUUGAAAGUGUGCGGAAAGCAUGGGCUAUGAUAUUGAGCGUUUUGUUGGCUAUGUUAACGAAGGACUUUUAUGCUCCAUCUGCCGAGAUGUGUUAGAAGAUCCAUUACAGGCUCCGUGUGAGCAUGCUUUCUGUACUGCUUGUAUACAUGGAUGGCUCAUUCAUCACAGUAACUGCCCUGAAGACAGACAAACGCUUGAUGUAUCUUUGCUACGACCUCUCUACAGAUAUAUGAAAAAUGAUUUAAACCGUCUUCAGCUACACUGCAAAAACAGAGAGUAUGGCUGUGAAAUGGUUUGUUCUCUAGAAUCUAUAGACAGGCAUGAAAGGGAAUGUGAAUACAGUCAGAUACUUUGCUCCAAUGCUGGUUGUACAGUUCAGAUUGAACGACGUAACUUAGAUGGCCAUUUGGCAGUGUGCGAAUAUCGGAGCCGUGAAUGCCCCAAUGGUUGUGGUUACACCAUUCUCAGCGCGGAAGACACACAGCAUAAUUGUGUAGCAGAGCUAAGAACUGAACUAGAACUACUACGGUCAGAAAUGAUCUGCAGAGUGGAGGAGGCAAAGCAUGAGAUGGAGUCAAGAUUAGAUUCACAGAGAAGACACAUGGUCCAGAAAGAGAGUAUUCUGCAAAAUGAAAUUGAAGAACUAAAGAGUCAGAUGUCACGAAUGAUGUCAGAUGUACGGUCUUUGAUGGCAGCAGAGAGACAGCAUCGUCAAGAGCUGGAGCAGGCAGAGCUAGAGAAGCGGGAAUUAAUGGAGCUUCUAAAAGGCCUACAGAAAGACUGUCGAUUAAAUACUGCAGAAGGAAACAAGAAGUCAACAAACUUCCGCCCUCUGACACGACUAGAGAGUGUAAAACGAAAACCUAGGGAAGUUACGGUUAUCUAAGUAGAACUUUAAGGCUACUUGAACAUCAGUAUCCACAAUGGACAAACAUUUGCACAGUCGUAUGGACUUCGGACUUCCUUAUUAGUACUGAACUAUAAUAUACAAGAGCUAGGACUUUAUAGAUCCACAGAUCCUGAAACAAGGGGGCAUUUGCCUGUAAGGACUGCAGUAUGCUUGAGAAAUUUGUACAGUUCAAAGAUUUUUCCCUAAACUUCUCCUACAGCCUGUUUGUGUUGUGUUCAGUGCUAUAAUUGAGCCAUAUUCUGUCCUCUGUUACAGCUCUUCAGUGGAGUAACUAAGGGGAAACCUGGCCUCCUGUUUACUGAAUGUGCUAAAUCAGUUCUGAACUUUCAGGAAGACAGUAUGCAGGUGCAACAGUCUUAAUAAGCUAGUUUUCUAGUUUAGGAAGCAGAUUCACUACUGUGUGUGCCUUGCUGUCACUCAGAUCAAAGCUUUCAUGGCUAACAACAUAACCAAAGAGAGAGACAGCAACCCUUUUUAGCAUGUACACUACAUUAUAAAGAUGUGUGGUCGGAGCUCUCUUGAUUAAAUUUCAGGCAUUAAUAAAUCCUUCUAAUUCACUUUUUUCUUUAGUGCCACUGAAAGGAAAUGUACACAUGUUCAGCCCUUGUGUGCACUUAGAAAUUGGCUGAAAUAACUCUCCUGUAAAGGUUUUUUCCUGAAAGAAAAUAUUCAUAGGAAGAGCUAUCUCCAAAUGUUUAUUUUUUAGUUCACACUUAAAUUCUAGAUGAAAUUACAAUUGUUGACAGCAUUUAGGUCAUUACAGCAGUCUUUCCCAACUCAUGACAUAGCGCAUCUCUUAAGCAGCCAUAUCUAACAAUGUGAGACAGUAAAAUAGUAGCUAAGAUUUAAACUUCCUUCACACCAAGCAUUCAGUGGUCACUACACAUACAUCAGUGGACACAUUAAAGUUGUAGUUAGAACCUAAGAAUGCUCUUAUUAUCUUGUGCUCCAAAUAAGCAAGCUGUUAGUGUUUGUGGUCUUUGUGGUUCUGUUUCAGCAUUCAUACUGAUUUUGAAGCUGCUUGGCCAUUCCAGAUUUCAUGCUAUUAGAAUCAGUGUUUUUUCAGGAUGUUUUUCUGUGUAGUGUAACUGUGUGGUUCUAUGAUGUAACUUUAUAUACCUUGCUUAAAGUGAAAGAAGAAAAUUCCUUCAAAAUUCUAUAUCCUUCCUUCUAUCAAGAUGAGCUGGAUCAUCCUUCCUGAAUUGGAGGGCAGUAAUGAUCACCUUAUCUUUUACAUUCUGACCACAAAAAGCACAUUAUCAGCUCCAUGCUUUUUGCAUAAUUGGAUCUGUGUUUGUUUUUAGUUACAAAAAAGAGGAUGACAUUCCUAAUUCUAGUGCAGAAAAUAGGGCUUAUUUAAUAUUUACUUAGCAUUUGGUCUGCUGUCUGUAUCCUAAGGGGACAGACAAAACUCCACAAGGAAACAGCUCCUCGGUGUAAAGUGAGCACUUUCUGCUGUGCAGUCUGUGUAGCUCCUAGUGGCCAGCUCUGGAGUUUGAAAUUCCAGUGUUCAAAAAUGGAAAUGCUUUGGGACCACUUGUAGCUGGAAUGACCUGUCAGCUUGGGUUUCCCUUAGCAGAAAGAAAGCACUCACAGAGAUAUUUUAAAUGGAGGUAUAUUAGCUAAUAACACCAGAUCUCUCCAGUUACACUGGAAAAUCAUUCAAUUUUGAGCUUAAUCACAUUCCUUAGUGAUGAUAACCGAUGCACUUAAGACUUUCUUCUGCUAAUGAAUCACUCACACAGAGGGCUGUGUAUGCUUGAACGUAGUCAUCAUUUUACCUAUUUCUUAAACUAGAGUGAAAUUAAAUAGCCCAUUAGAUUAGAAUUUUAUCUAAAUUUAGCUUUUCCAAUCUCAUGUAUUACAGCUUUUAAUAACAGCUGGCAGAAGCAAAGGAUAUUUUUUCUUUUAAAUAGUCUGUUAAUCUUUUUCAUAAAAACUAAAGGUCCAAAUAUUGUAGAAGACUUUGAGUAAGUGUAGAUGUUCACUUGGAAAUGCACAGUUCCCUAGUCAUAAUUGUAUUUUAGGAUUAUAUGAAAGACUGCUAAAAUUACAUUACCAGAAGGUUCGAGCAUGGAACAAGGUAACAAGAAUCCUAAAUAUUCUCAGACUGAAUCACAUCUUGAUUCUAUUCCCUCACAAUGGGGACUGUGCUGAUAGGGAGUUGAACAGUUACUCAAAUGGACCAGUAACCAUGCAAACAGUUGCAUCAUUAGUUGCUUCUAAUUGCACUUUGCAGCUAGAAGAGGGAGAGCACAAACAGUAGAGCAGGCCCAGAUUAAUGGAGGGUGGAAAGAAAGAGAAACUGCAGUUCCAUCAACUUCUCUCAGCCUGAGAGCAGUGAUACAGCUGCACCAGCCUGUGCACCCGCUCACCAUUGUACGUGUUAGCUUGCUAGCUUGUGGGAUUACAAUUAAAAUAGCAUUAGAAUUAAAAGGAAAUUAAACCUUUAUCCACAACUAAGUGGGUACUAAAUGUAACAGUACCAAACCUGGGAGAUUCUCUAAUAAAACUCUGAGAGCAAGCUGUUAAGUAAAGUACAUGAAAUUAUAAGGAGUUGAGCAAAUCCUGACAAUUACGUUAAAUUGGGUAAUAAAGGAUAACACUAAGGAUCUAUAUAAAUUAGCAUUUUAAAGUCAGUGGUAAGUAAGUUUGUCUUUGAAAGAAAAAUCAGAAUUUACAUGUUUACUCUGAAGACAUAAGAGGCCAAUUCAGCUAUAUUUAAAUUAGUUCCCUUACACUAACUUCUCCAUUUGAGAGGUCAAGUUCAAGACAUGCUUCCUCUGUUUCAUUCGUUAAUAAAGCUACAUGCCCUGUCCUUCUCUCCUCCCAAAGGAAAAGUGUCAAUGGGCUUGGCCAGUAUGGACCAUUAUGGCUAGGCUUGCAUUCUUUCAUGAAAGGUAACAGUAUUUUGGGGGAAAGCUUCCUCUAGGUUUAAAUGAGACUUUCUAAAAGGCUUCUACAAUACAGAAACAUGCAUCUGAGUGAGAUGUCAGAGUUGCAAGGUAGAGUUAUGCUGGCCUUAAUAAUUAAGCACAGAGUUUUUAGUUAGUAUGAUUCUAGUACUAGAUUAACAGUCAUAUAAGACAUUAAUUUAACAGCACACAUAUACAAUAGUUUCUUGUUAGGGCAGAAGAGAACCAAUUUGUACAGUCAAGCAAAGUACAUAUUACAGUAAAGUAUUUUAACUGGGGAAAUGUGUUAUCUCUCUGGUUUUCAUAAGUUCAAUGUAUUAGUAAAUCCCAGGUGGCAAACAGUUCCUGACAUAUUAGAAUGGGGAGCCUUGCAAAUUAAAUUUAAAUUUUCCAUAUGCUGUUCUCCUCAAUGUUUUUGGCAUGGUGCUUUUCUACAGCUGUUUUAUGCAGAAGUGCUGGAUAAUAUUUAAAUGGAGCAGUACUAGCCUUUUCCUUCCUCAUGUAUUGCUGCUUGGAUGAAGAACGGUAGGUCAGGGAGAUUUUUAUCACACGGAGAAAUGCCUUUACAAAGCCCUACAACUCUAUGCAACUUUAUAUUAACAAAUAAACACUGAACUGUCUUCCAGCAUUAUGGUUCACUGCCAAUCUAUUUACAUUUUCUACCUUUAUACAUACAAGAAGGAUAAAACAGUGGUAUCUCGGACCUUAAACUCUAGUCUGUAAAAGAAACAGUAACAGUAUUUGUAUCAAUUUGAAGUACACUUUGUAUAAAAGUUGAAUUAAUAAAGGGUAUAUAUAAUGAUGAAUGCAA